AGAAAACAAUUUUUAUACAAAACAUUCGACAAUAUUCCGAACAUGAUUGAUUCGGAUCAGUCUUUCGUUGCAUAAGUAAAUCAAAAAUUUUCUUUUCAACUUCUACCAAUUCAAAAGUAAUUUAAAAUAAAACAAAAAUGGCUGGAGCUGACAGCGGCAGCAAUGCUAAAUUGACAGGAUUAUCAAAAAUAUUUAAUGGACAUACUUUUAUGGGAAGAGCAAAUGUCGCAAAAGCAACGUAUGCCUCCUUUGCACUCCUUGCCAUGUAUUUUUAUUUCAAACCUUCAAAGAAAUAAGAUUUCCAUGUAUCUGAUAAAAAUAUUACUUAUAAUGUGAAGUUGUGGAUGUUGAGAAGGCAAAUAAAUUGAAAAUUAGAAAAGAAUUAGUGAUUAUUCAUGGAGAUUUUAAUUGAUAAGUUUUAAUUAGCAUGAAACAUUUAAAGACGAAAUUUAUCAUUUAAGAUUUUUUCUUGCAUGUUCUGAUUUGUCGAAAAAGUUGAAGUUUUGCAGCGGAUGUGACCACAACAGGAAAUAAAUAAACGCGAACAA